AUGGAUGAAGCUUUACAUACGUUUUCAUACCAGAACCCUCAGUCUGCACGUACAACUUUAAACCGUCCGAAGUCUGCUUAUAACAUAAAUUCAAGGCCGGCCACAGCGAGUAGAACUGCAAUCAGUUUGAAUAGCAAAACUCGCCCAUCAACUGCUGGCAUCAAAAGUGCCAGAAUUUCAAAAAAUAGGAAUUUGGAUAUCAAAGACCUAGAAUCGCAUUCCAUGAAUUGACUGACUGAAUGAAAUAGGAUGUCGAAAACAGCUAGAAAUAGCAGCAGCUCAAGGAAUUCUUUAGCUUUAGUUUUAGGGGAAACUCAGCCUACGAAAUCAAGGCCUAUGAGUGCAGCCUAUCCAUUGCCUGAAGCAAAAAAGGUCAAUACCAAGCUGAAUUAUGCUAUUAAUGCUUUUCCUUUGUAUAAUACAUUGAGAAAGCUUGAAGAAAGAGAUGUUGUAGACCAGUUUGCAAUUGAGACAGCAAGAUCAAAACUGAUUGAUGACAGAUUUUUAAAUAAAUUUAAACAAAACAUUUCACCUGAACAAAUUCUUAUGAUAAACGCAAAUGACCCGAACAGCAUGUCAGCGAGAUAUUUAGAAUUAAUCCAUCAAGACAAAUUAUGCAAGCCUAAGGCAAGGCCUGAAAUUCCAGUAUAUAAACCGCCACCACCACAGAAUAAGCCAGAAAUUGAAAAGCCUGAAAAAUAUACAAAUAAAUAUAAGGAUGAGCUAAUAUUUAUAUGAAAUAAAACGACUUAUAAAGACCAAGAAAAAAAAACUGAAUUGUGUGAAGAAAACAUUAAAAAAAACAAGCAUUUUUCUUCUGAAGUAUAUUUUAAGCAAAGGCAUUCGAUUGCAGAUAUUCUUACUCCCCCAUUUUAAAUUGGACAAAAUAUAAGUAAAUUUUCAUUUUUGGAUUUAAAUUGGAACAAAUAUCUGUAAAUUUCCAUGGCUUAUGGCUUGGGAAUUUUCCUUUAAAAUUUUUUUCGAUAGGUAAUUUAUUAUGUGAAAAAUACUAUUUUUAUAAAAUAGGUUUGAUCUAAUUUAAAGGAAAUAGUGCGAGUAGAAUAUUAGAUAAACGUUUCUUAAUUUGAAUCAAUUAAUUCUUCAUAAAUAAUUUAAAAUUCAAAAAUACUGCUUUCAAUUUAUUUUUUUAUUUUUUUAAAAUUUUUUUAAAAAAAUAAAUUUAUCCCCCUUUAAAUUGGAUCAAGAUUUUUGUUCCUGUUUAAAAGAAGAGGAAGUUAAUGGCAGGCAUAACCCUGACGACAAUUUCAACAAUCCAAAUGAUAAUAAAGAAACUCCUAUAUAUAGCCCCGAAGAAAAUGCUCAAAAAUUAAUUAACACUGAUUUUAUUGAAGAGCGUUCUCCUCAAAGUGAGUUUAUUUCAAGCACAAAAUCAGUAAAGCCAGCUUAUUCAUCAUCAAUAAAGCCAAGCCAAGAUUGUCCCGGCUUAGUCGCAGUCGGGACUGGCGUUAAAAUCCAUUCCCAAGUCCAAUCAAAGCACCGGUGGUCACUUAUAUAA